CGAGUGUCUUAUUUAAAUAUUAUACCCAAAAGCAGUUAUCCAAGCCUAUGACAUAAGAUUAUUUCAAUAAAAAUAAUUACACCUCCUAAAUCAUUCAUUCAAAAUUAAUCUAUUUGUGAUGUCCUAUCUGCAUAAGACUUAGUAAACUUUGAUCGAAUGAACCAUGACCCAAAAAUUUAUCAGAACCACCAAAAAGUAAAUUAAAUAAAAAAUUAAUUCAACAACGACCUAUAAUAAUAUUACUUAUAAAACUUUAUCAACAUUAUAUUUGUGCUUUAAAAAAUGCUAUAACUUGUAUGCCACUUGAU